CGGGGUCACUUUCUUCACGGUUCACUGUCUCAUAUACGUUGUGUCAAAACAUCGAGUGAAAAUAUUCAGAGACUUUCCAGAUAACAUCAAGCCAUACACCAUGUGUAACUUUAGCGCAUCAGCAAACCACACGAAUGCAACAUUGAAGCAGUUCGAGUUCUGGGCCUACACGCUUGUGUUUUCAGUGGGCCUUAUCUUCAACAUCACAGCACUCGUCAUCUUCAGUCGCAUCAAACAUUGGACCGACACGCACAUCUACAUGCUCAACCUACUCAUCGCAGACUUGCUUGUCAUUAUUUUUCUGCCCUUCAGAAUAAAGGAGGCACAUGAUUUGCAUAAAAAAAUAAACGUGUUCUGCACGUUCCUGCUGUGCAUCCAUUACUCCAACAUGUACUGCAGUAUAUUUACUAUUACAGCCAUCAGCGCACACCGUUUCACGGUCCUCAGGUUUCCAUUUUUAGCCAAGGCCGAAGUUAAGAAACGCAAGACGAUCGCUGCCUCGGUGUGUGUUUUCAUAUGGACGAUAAUCACGAUCAUCUGUGCGACAUUUCAUCGCAACCUCCUCCCAGACCACUUAGAGUCCUGCUACGACCGAAAGUUAAGCGAUAAGCUUGAGAAAAAUUUCAUUAUUGUUUUAGAAACCGUCGGAUAUCUUAUUCCAAUGGUCAUCAUCAUGUUGUGCUCCGCACAAACCAUUUACAUCCUGGUGAAAUCUGUUCAAAACGUCGAGGAGAGAGAAGGGGUGAAAAGGAAAACCAUAGCUGCUGUGAUCUCUGCUAAUCUCUUCACGUUUAUUUUUUGCUUCACGCCCAUUCACGUUGGCCUUUUGUUGCAAUAUUUAUCCGAAGAAUGCGAGAAUGACCCAUUGCACGUGUUUGUUGACGUCGCCGAGUGGAUAGCCACAACCAACUGCUGUAUGGAUUCAAUUGGAUAUUACUUUCUACUGAAAAGAGUUAUAAGAAACCAUCCGGAGUCAUGCACAUAAUAAUUUAUGGUCGAUAAUGUUUGACAACAAAGUGCUCUGUUUAUUUAGCCUUAUCAUGGGAAUUAUCAUGGACGAAAUACAUUACAUUUAUUCAAUAGUGUGUUCCUCUGGCUCUAAUGUUAGUGAAUUAUGUUAGCACCGCAAAGGUCAUGGGUUUGACUCACAUACUAAUAAAAAGUGCACUGUAACUCGGUUUGAAUAAAAGUCAAGCACAUGCACUACAUAGACAAAUGGUCUUUUGGGAUUUUUUAAAAAUAAAAAUGGCUGGGGCAGCACUGUGGCCACACCAAGCAGAGUACUGCUCACAGCAAGAAGGU